GAUUACUCAGUGAACGAGCAAUAUGGCGAAAAAAUGAGGUACACCCACGAAGUACUGGACUGAAACUGAUUUAUCAUUUUCCUAGUCCCUUCGCCUUGUUCACCUUCGCCCACGUAUCUAUUAUGAGUAAGACUUGUUCCUAGAAGAUUCUAGUUCUUUGUGUUGAUUUUGUUGGUUCUGAAGGUGUCACUACACAACCAUUGAAGAUUAGAUAGCAUUAGUGGCUGAGGACAGUACCUUUUUCACUGUAUAGAAAGUGAAAGAUCAGUACAACUCCUUCCACUUUCUUGUUCAUUUGCUUUUUCUUUUUUAGUUUUUCUCCACAAGGAGAGCAAAAAUUAGCCCAAGAUGGCGUAUCAUUCGUGGCCUGAGUUUGACUCCAUGCGCGAUGAGAAGACCGCGAAGCGUCAGCGCACGGAGCAACAGGGUUUUAUGGGCAACAAGAAGGCACAAGUCCUCAACAAAAACGCUGCCGAACAGCAGAUUACAGCCGAACAGCUGAUUCGAGAAGCGACAGAGAGAGCCAAUGUGAUCCAUAUAGAGCCUAAGCAGGACAUCAUCGGUGAAGAUGAGCUGCAAGCGUAUCAGGGGAGGAAGAGAAAGGAGUUCGAGAAUGCGCUGAGGAUGAACAAGAAUAAUAUGGGUACCACUUCUGCUAGAACUGUGAGAGUUCGGAUCAUAAUUGGUGAUUAGAUGAUGAUGAUUAUAGUCGUGGAGUUUACGUGGCACCAUCCAUCUAUUCGUGAUGAAUCCUGCCAAGAAUUCGAAUUCAGUAUAUUUAUAUCUUCCCCACAUCAAAAUCAAAAACGAAAAUCUGAUCCUCCUACACAUUCCAGGUACCUGGACUAAAUACGCUACUUUUGAGGCGUCCAUGAAGGAGUAUGCGAGAGCAAGGAAUGUUUUCGAGCGUGCGUUGCAGGUCGAAAUGCACAAUACACCUCUGUGGCUGAAAUACAUCACAUUUGAGCAGAAGGAAGGUUUCGUAAACCACGCAAGAAAUUUGUUCGAUCGAGUGACGCUGCAUUUGCCAAGAGUAGACCAGUUUUGGUACAAAUACGCUUAUAUGGAGGAGCUGUUAGGGAAUUUUAGCGGUGCAAGAGCAAUAUUCGAAAGGUGGAUGGAAUAUGAGCCGGAAGAUAAUGUACUUACUUCAUUUUGUCUUUGAUUUUGUGUAGUGCUAUGAUCAACUGCACAUUUUUAAUCUCCCUCACUUCAUACCAUGGCAGCAAACUAGUACUGGAAACUACAUUUUUUACACCGAUUUAGCUGGGCCGCUGAAAUCUGCAUCGUGGUCUUCCUUGAGAAUAUAAUUCUCCAACACAAAUAACCUUAACCACCUGCAGGGCUGGACCUCCUUCGUGAAAUUCGAGGAACGGUGCGGUGAGAUCGACCGUGGUCGCCGCGUCAUGGAGCGAUAUGUUAGUUGCCACUGUACACAAGCAGCCUUCACACGUAUGUGCAAGUUCGAAGAGCGGCAUGGCAACGUAGCGCGAACCAGAUCUGCCUAUGAGAAAGCAAUAGAGCUGCUGGAAACCGAGCUAGACGAGAAGUUCUGGAUCGCUUUCGCGCAGUUUGAGGUAAGACAGGGGGAGCACGUGCGAGCACGAGCAAUAUUCAAGGCAGCAUUGGAACAAAUACCGAAAGACAGAGCAGAAGAAUUGUAUCAAAAGUACGUGAAUUUCGAAAAGAUUCACGGUGGACAAGAAGAAAUCGAAGACGUAGUGAUGCAGAAGAGAAGGUACAACUGCUAUUUGGAGCUUUUAUGCCUACAAUUGAGUCGACGAGGACAUUAGAAGUAUUCAUAUUCUAGUGGUAGUGACGACGAAAAAACAAUGAUGAAACACAUGGCAUUGCAGAGCUACUUCUUUAGGAAGCGAUUCCAAGAAGAAUGCUUUGAAGAAAAACUCUCACGUUCCUUGCUGAUACAAUCUUGGAAAUGACUGCAACUUCUUGUUGUCAAUCAAGGUCCUUCGUCGUUCCAUGAAAAAGAAAUUCUCAUUUACUUCUCCCCCCACGACCCUUGUCCCAGGUUCGCCUACGAGGAAACGCUAAAAGACAAACCUCGCGACUACGAUACUUGGUUCGAUUAUUUGCGUCUCGAGGAACAAGGUGGUGACAUUGGCGCGGUCCGCGAGCUCUAUGAGCGCGCUAUUGCGCAGUUUCCGCCUAUUCAGCAGAAGGACUAUUGGAGGAGAUACAUCUAUCUCUGGUACAACUACGCCAUGUUCGAGGAAAUGCAGGCACAAGACUACCCGAAAGCACGCAAAGUCUACGACACUAUCAUGAAGAUCUGCGGUAGCAAAAAACUCUCUUUUGCCAAACUGUAUCAUCAGUACGCGGAAUUUGAACUGCGAAGAUUGAAUCUGGAUCAAGCAAGACGAAUUUUCGGCAGAGGCAUGGGCGAGUGCGCGAAGCCGAAAUUGUUCCAGUGGUACGCGGCUCUGGAGAUGCAGCUAGGUAACUUCGACAAGUGCCGAGUCAUCUACGAAAGGUUCUGCGAAACUCACGCCACAGCACCGACUGGCUGGCUAAAAUACGCUGAAUUCGAAGAAGCUUUGGAUGAAAUCGAGAGGGCGCGCUUCAUCUACGAAACCGCUAUUGAAGUGGUCCAGGACAGACCAGAAGUUGUCUGGCGCGCUUACAUCGACCUGGAGGUGAAUAUGGGCGAGCUAGAACGCGCAAGACGGUUGUUAGACAGGUUGUUGGAGAAGAGUUCACAUUUGCGAGUUUGGAGAGUCUAUGCGGAGUUUGAGCUCGAUAAUGCAGGCGAUGCAGGUCGUAUGCGAGACGUAUUGGAACGCGGCUGUAGCGAGUUCAAAGAACGAGGCCAGAAUGAAUCAAGAGCCAUGCUUUUGGAGUUCUGGCUGGCACAAGAACGCAAGCGUGCUACGAAAGAACUCAAGGAGAUGAAAGAAGCUGACAUACAAGCUAGUGCUGAACAACAAGAGCAGGACCAACCAGAUGAGGUAGAAAUUUCUAAAGAUGAGGUGGAAGCAGAUGAAUGGGUUGGAAAACUAAGGGAUAGACAACCAAAGAAGAAGAAGAUGCGUAGUGAGGAUGAUGGGCAAACUUACAUGGACUACAUCUUUCCAGAUGACUCAGCAGGAGAAAAGAAUCUCAAGAUCCUACAAGCAGCACAAGCCUGGAAAGCCAAAAAAGCAGCGAAAGCUGCGGCGGCAGCGGCAGCUGCUUCGUAG